CUUUGCGUUCGUUCAUUUCCUCCCGGUUGACGUUUGCUUGCUUCGCUCUUUCUUUCCGGCUCGCAUCAAGAGUCUAGUGGACACACUUUUUGUGUUUCUCAAAAAAUAUCGUUUAAGAGCCCUGUAGGAGGCCAAAAUGGGGCGAGUAAUUCGUGCACAGCGUAAAGGUGCGGGAUCCGUAUUCACGGCCCACACCAAAAAGCGAAAGGGACAACCCAAACUGCGUCUUCUGGAUUACGCCGAGCGACAUGGUUACCUGAAGGGAGUCGUGAAGCAAAUCAUCCACGAUCCAGGCCGUGGCGCCCCGCUGGCCGUCGUCCACUUCCGGGACCCGUACAAGUUCAAGGUCCGCAAGCAGCUGUUCAUCGCCGCCGAGGGUAUGUACACCGGUCAGUUUGUGUACUGCGGAAAGCGCGCCCAGCUGCAGAUCGGAAACGUACUCCCGAUCGGUCUGAUGCCCGAAGGUACCAUCGUGUGCAACCUGGAGGAGAAGACCGGCGAUCGGGGCAAGCUGGCCCGUACCUCCGGCAACUACGCCUCGGUCAUUGCCCACAAUCCGGAUACCAAGCGUACCCGUGUGAAGCUGCCGUCCGGCGCCAAGAAGGUCCUGCCUUCGAACAACCGAGCCAUGGUCGGUAUCGUUGCCGGUGGAGGUCGAAUCGAUAAGCCCAUCCUUAAGGCCGGUCGUGCCUACCACAAGUACAAGGCCAAGCGUAACUGCUGGCCGAAGGUGCGUGGUGUGGCUAUGAACCCCGUUGAGCAUCCCCAUGGUGGUGGUAACCAUCAGCACAUCGGUAAGGCCUCGACCGUCAAGCGAGGAACUCCUCCAGGUCGCAAGGUCGGUCUUAUUGCUGCCCGUCGUACCGGUCGUAUCCGGGGUGGCAAGGGAGACGAGAAGUUCAAGGAGAAGGAGAAGAAGUAAACUACGAGGGGGUGACAGUUUGCUGCAUCCUGAUUCGCUUUUGUUUUAUGUACUGAUAAGCCUAAUUAGGAUCCGGAACAUCGUAAUCUGCUGCUGGUUUGUGUAGAUUCACUAAUACGCGGGACAGGCGCGAGUUGGAGGGAGCUGUAGCGCUAAGAAAUCGUUGGAAAUAUACUGAGAUAAUUCCAAAAAUUA